UCCAUUUCUACUCCUCUUUUCCUUUUUGUUCCCCCUCCCCCACCACAACCAUAAGAUAAGGGUCGCAAAUUUACCCCAGGGAAUAUCUCCAGAUACAUUCGUUCAUCUUUUUUCGAAUCGACUCUGGGAUAGACCUCCCGGACCCCUGUCAAUCCUUUCCUUUUUUUUUUUUGUGUGUCAACUUCUCACCAACUCCCUCAUUCUUCAAGUCCAAGGAAAUUCGAAAUUUCUCUACAUACACUCCUUUUUUUCGUCGCUCUCUAGCCAAUUUAUACUCGGAAGAGGGGAAUAUCUUAAUAAAUCCCUCCCUUCCUUAUUAUCCCGAACCAGAACAAUAAACAACUGAUAUCACCGUCACGCUGUCUCCAUUUCUUUCGCUAUUCCAAUCAACUACCGCCACAAUGUUCAAGCGCUCGUUCCGGUCCAAGGACCGAGUCGACAAGUCGGCGAGGCUGAAGAAGUCCAGUAGCAGCAACAACAAUAACAAUACGGUUCGGGAUCCUCAACAGUUGGCGAAACUACAACGGUCUAUCGAGGAGAUUCUCCCUGCCAAGAGAACCCUUAACUUUCCCAUCGUCACACUGACCGUUGGAAGAGAAGCACGGCUGUUCGCAGCCCACGAGGAGGUCCUAUGCCAGUCGCCCUUUUUCGAACGGGUGUGCCGGGACCAGUACCUCGAGGCGCAGAACAAGAGAAUUUCGCUUCCGGACGAAGAACCCGAGAUCUUCUCCGCCGUACUCGAGUACCUCUAUAAGGGUGACUACUACCCACGCUUGGUACAGAACAAGCACCGAAACUCUUGGGAGCUUGAGGACGCCGUGAGAUCAUCCGACCCUUCAGAAAACAACCGAGCUGGCCGCGGAGCUGUCGAGGCCACAAUGCAUGUCUCCAGCGUGGGACAACAUCUCUUGCGGGAUACCGUCGUGUACUGCGCCGCCGAUAGAUACGGACUCGAGGAGCUCAAGCGCCUUGCUCUUCGGAAGCAAGGCCUACAGAGCGGCAUUGAUGUCGGAACGAUCCUUCGAUCGGCGCAGUACGCCUACGACAACACGCCGGACACGGACUCGCGACUACGCGCUCACUAUCUCGCCCUAAUCAUCCGAUGUCGCAAGACAUUUAAGAGGAGCGGAACCAUGCAGAUGGAGAUGGAACGGGGCGGCAAACUUUUCUUUGACCUAUUCGUGGCCAUGUGCAACCAUCUAGACGACAUCGUCGAUAUGAGCAACGCUCGAACGCCUAAGACGAUUUGAGGAGCUCUCGGAAUUGCACUUACAACAUACACCCAUCAACUAAAC